GCCAAAAGAAAGCUAUGUAUAAAAUUGAAAAGGCUAAAGAAAUAACUAUUCCAGAAUUUGAUCACUAUAAUUCAAGUCCUAAUGAACCAAACAUAGAUAUGCCAAGAGAGUCAACAGUUUCAAUGGAUACCGAUAGUUCAAACUUUUCGGUUAAUGGCGUCAUCAGAAAUUCAGUAUCUGAAAGCUACCUUGAAACAUUCGACAAAGAACAAUUCCAUGUUUCAUGUAGUUCAUCACCUGGACUAUUCUAUAGAAAUGUUGACGAGAGCAAAGCACACGUGGUGUUUAGAGAUAUAUCAAAUGAAACACUGUCUGUUGUAAACCACGAAUCUAAUUCCAUAGAAAACAACCUAGCAUCUUAUAACAGUGUACGUUAUCAUUCGCCAAACUUAGUUUUAAGCAAUGCAUCUAGUAAAAUGCAUGAUGACAAUUGCAACCAUGACAACCAUGCUCUACGCUUUCUUACUAGUAAUACAAUGGAAAAAAUGCAAGAUCAUGAUGCCGGCAAUAGUCCAAACAUAGUUACUCACAAAUCAUCAGAUGAAAUACACGAAGACCAUGCCGUCCAUACAAACAAACAAUCAAGCGAAGCAGCAAAUGCAACAUAUAUCGACAAUACUGGAAACAUGCUUACAAACAAAUCACCAAAUGAAAUACACGAGGGAAAUGCCGACCAUAUGCCAAUCGUAAUGAAUAGUAAUGCAAUACGAGAAAUACACGAUGACUUUGGCGACAAUACACCAAACAUAGCUACAAACAGUGAAUCAAUUAGUUCAUACAUUAUUUGUUCAUUUAGUGCAACGACAAACACUUCAUGUGAUGCUCAGGAAGAUGAUUAUCAUGUGGCUACAGUCGAAAUGGAUUCGAGAUGAUAAACAAAUACGUACAAUACACCAAAUGUAUUAUCUUUCGUGUAAUGCAAUGCCUAUAGUAUAACAAUACAUUCUUUGAAAAAUA